AUGAUUCCCUCUUGUCUCUCUACACAACACAUGGCACCUCGAGAAGAUCUAGUGCAAAGUGCGGUGGCGUUCCUGAACGAUCCUCAGGCAGCCACUGCCCCGCUCGCCAAGCGGAUCGAGUUUCUGGAGUCCAAGGAUAUGACUCCUGAGGAGAUUGAGGAGGCUCUCAAGCGGGCUGGAUCGGGCUCGGCCCAAAGUCAUCCUGGAAGUGUGGUGAGUCACGGGGGCGCUGCUCCAACCGUGCCUGCCUCCUAUGCAUUCCAAUCGGCUCCUCCUCUUCCUGAACGGGAUUGGAAGGAUGUAUUCAUCAUGGCCACCGUCACUGUUGGUGUUGGAUUUGGCCUGUACACGGUGGCAAAGCGAUACCUGAUGCCUCUCAUCCUGCCCCCCACCCCUCCGUCUCUCGAGGCCGACAAGGAGGCUCUGGAAGCGGAGUUUGCCCGUGUGCAGGGCCUGCUCGACCAGGUGCAGCAGGACACAGAGGAGGUCAAGAACAGCCAGGUAGAGGUGGCCAAGCGGGUCACAGACGCGCUCAAGGGCGUGGAGGAGACCAUCGACCAGCUCAAAUCGCAGACCAAGAAGCGUGACGACGAGAUGAAGCUUGUGACCGCCGAGGUGGAGCGAAUCAGAGACAGACUGCCCAAGAACAUUGACAAGCUCAAGGAUUCGCAGGAACAGGGUCUGGCCGACAUUCAGAGCGAGCUCAAGUCGCUCAAGCAGCUGCUCAGCACCCGAACCGCAGCCAGCUCUGGACCCAAGCUGCCUCCCAUUCCUCCUCCCUCCUCCUACCUCACUCGAAAGGCGUCUCCUGCCGUUCCAGCUGCUGCUCCCGCACCUGUGACUCCCGGCUCUCCCGUGCACAAUGUGUCUUCAAGCAGCACCGUUCCUGCUGACCGAGACGACUUUAUCCCCACUCCCGCAGGAGCUGUGCCUAUGAUUCCCCAGCCUGCUUCCAUGUCCUCUUCGAGCACCUCUACCGUGCCCAACUCGGCCAUUUCCAGCGCCCCCUCCCCCAUCCAGGAGCCAGAGCCUUUUGUGCCCGAGCCCGGCAACAGCGCCGUGAAGAAGCCCGCCCCCAAGGCUAGCAUUCCCGCCUGGCAGUUGGCUGCCUUGGAAAAGGAAAAGGAAAAGGAAAAGGAGUAA